AUGACCCGUUGGCAUAAACCCACAUGCAAGGCACCACUUAUUGUGGUCCAGAAGGGGACUCCCUGGUGCAAGACUUGUGGUGCUGCACCAGAUCUCAAAAGUCUCCUCCUGCAGCAAAAGGCCGCCGGCCCGUUUACGCCACCACCACGCGAUGAACCGUUGGGACAGUUGAACCUUUCCUGGCCUAGCACGGUCCCAUAUGUCACGGGGCCUGCUAAUGCUCCAAAGCCUAUCCCCAAGCCAACUGCCCCAGCGAGCAAUAGCAAAGUGCCAGUCUCGCCAGUUUACCCAUCCAGGCUGGCCCUGGAUGAGUUUCGCUUAAUUUCCCUCUCUGCACCCAUCAGUUUCGACGACCCCAUCCACAUCGAUCUUGAAGUCUACAAGAACGAGCGAUGUCCCGAAUACGAGGCGACAUCUUACACUUGGGCUGGGGAGAAUGGAGAUGGCUCCUUUUCCAUGCCGAUCUAUGUCGGUCCUUGGUGGGAUGUCUUGAUACAGACGAAGAAUUGCUGGUCAAUGCUUCGGCUGAUGCGGCCCAUGAGAGGAUGCCGUAUGAUCUGGGUAGACGCUGUUUGCAUCAACCAGAGCGACGUUAAGGAACGUGAUGCCCAAGUCUCCAAGAUGUCGCAGAUCUACACGUCCUGUCGAUCGGUGUACCUAUAUCUUGGCGCUCAGCCCACCAACCAGCCAUACCCUCUACGACGUCAACUCCAAUUAGCCGAUGCUAAGGCUCCAAAGACGGCAGGUGCCGUUGACUUGACCAGUCUUCUCCAAUACCGCUACUUUAGUCGUAUCUGGGUGAUUCAAGAGCUUAUCCUUUCACGACAAGCGGUUUUCCAGCUUGGCGACGUCGAGUUCUGGAUGAAUUCUUCCACCAUCAAGUCACUAACCUCUCGUUACUCCAUCAAGUGGGAUCGUACAAAGGCUCCCUGGCUUGAGUACCUGGGUCAGCAGACAUUCCUAGACCAGGGCUUGUUCAAGACUCUUCGGGCCAUCUCCAAGUCGCAAUGCACCGACCCUCGCGAUAAGAUCUUUGGAGUUCUGGCGUUGAUUGAGAACGAACUUUCGCCGAAAUCUGGGUUCCAGGCAAACUACGGAUUGUCGUGCCAGCACACCUUCAUGGGUGUCUUUGCACACGCCCUACUUAAGAUGAGAAAGGUCGACGUCCUGCGAAAUGCUGCUGGAAUGGAUUUCUGGGGCAAGUCUCCAUCUUGGGUGCCUAACUGGAUGUCAACAAGUCCAGACUGGAUCUUCAAGACCCCAGAGGUAAACAUGUCCAAAUGGGAAUACUUUACCUUUGAAGAGUGGUGGGCGAAACUCAAGGACCGAAAGGGCACCCCCGAUCGUUUCCCAAAGCUUGAUUUGAUGCCGGGGAGGUUCACCUGGAGCGCACUCCCCGAGAGCUGCAUCGCUCACGUUGAGCGACCUUGGCAUCUCGGUUCUACGGUCCAUUCCGCUACGGGUGCGCUGGGUAUCAACUUGAUUCACCUUCUCGCUAUUCCUUCCACUCCCGAGUUUGUUCAAGAGCUAGGCGGCCUGUGGCUCUUUAGGGUCAAGAGUCCAAAGGCCACCAUGUCUAGUCGCCCGGUUACCAUGUACCUCACGGCCAACUUCCGACUUGAUAAGUUUGUCAAGCCUGGAAUCGACCACCUCUUCGUCUUGGAUGAGGGAAACUCUUCUUGCACAUUCUUGAUUCUCAGAGAGACCAGCGAAGCCAAGACAUACAAGCUCUUGACCUGUUGCUAUCAUCUCAGCUUCCAGUCUGUCUCCUCCCUUCUGCCGCUUUCC